GAAAAUCGUCCACAAGAAAAUUCUAUUUUUAAAGUAUUGACUCUAUUUAUUGGGUAUAAACCAAAUGUCUUUUUUUUUUUUUUAAAUGUUGAAAGACAAAAAAAUAUCAGGUCUUGUGUGAAACCCUCUCUCAUUGCAGGUAACGCCCCACCAUCUGUGCUCCACCAAUAGGAAAACAUGUGUCUCACCUGUGAAGGAACAUCUAACCAAUCAGAGAAGCUGUAUUUAUUUCCUUGUUUACUCUGCCUCUUCAGGUGCAGCUUUGCUCAGCUGUUAAGUCACUUCUCCAAACAGUCAGAAGUGUAGGCCAUUGAGCACAUUUUUACCAUUUGGCUUGAUUUGGACUCAAAUUUCCUGAAAGUCUGUGGUCACAGAUGAUUUGAUGGGCUGCUUCGACACAGACGACCAGCCGUCUCUUCAGGGUCUAGUUCUCAAACAAGUCGUCUGCCUCACCUGCACUGACUAGAAAGUCCAGUUUCUCAAGCAAGUCCUGGUAAACACUGAAGAGACCUGGAGGCUACAUGGACCUGGACAGUAAACGGUUGGUGGUGGUGGUGCCAAACGAAGUGGCGGCGCCGUCCCGCAGAGUGUUCAGCAGCGAGGACGAGGCCUGGAAGAGCUACCUGGAGAACCCGCUGACCGCCGCCACCAAGGCCAUGAUGAGCAUCAAUGGCGACGAGGACAGCGCAACAGCUCUGGGCCUGCUGUACGACUACUACAAGGUUCCCAGGGAGAAGGAACGCAUCUCCGGCAGUGGCGUUAAACCCAAAGCGUCCUCCUCUCUCGGGUCUGAUCACGCUAGCAGUCUGGGGAUACUGGAUCACCACCUUCAAGCUCUGAGGUCCAUGCCAGUCAACCUCUCUCUGAACAGCCCCGCCACAACAGAACAUCACAACUCAAAGUACCGAGCUUCAGCAGAAGGCAAACAUGGGCAGACUCCAUCUGUAGCGAAGGCUGAGGGCCACGUGCCCACACCUGUGUCCUGUUCUGUGGCUUCCUACCGUGAAGACCCGAGAGAGCCGAUCAGGAUGGUUUAUGAGCAGGGUUGCUUGGACUUGGCCUUACAUGGCUAUUUGAAAGAACACAGAAGCACUCCAGACAGCACCUAUGAGGACGCUGAUGAAGGAGAAAUCUACCAGGGGAGUCCUUCUCCAGGAACUGAAGAGCUCUGCUACAGCCAACCCGUAGACACUUUCCAGUAUAAUCUGGAGGCCAGCAUGUCGCUGCGGCAGCGGCAAGAAGAAGGACCCAUGGCCUACUUGAACCGAGGACAGUUCUACGCUGUGACGCUGGCUGAGACUGGUGUCAGAUCCUGCCUGCACCAGCCCAGAGGCAAAGUGCGGGUGAGUGGACUGCCACCGUCACAGGGGCCUGAUGGAAGCCUGUCCACUAGUGAGAAAUGCACCAUGGGAGUGUCUGAGCUGCAGCGGGACAAUGUUGUACAGAGUGUCAUCAUGGUUGUCUUUGGAGAAGACAAGUGUAGAGACGAGCAGCUUAAAAAUUGGAAGUACUGGCACGCUCGCCAACACACCGCCAAGCAGAGAGUCCUCGACAUUGCUGAUUACAAAGAGAGCUUCAACACCAUUGGGAACAUCGAGGAGAUCGCUUACAACGCUGUGUCCUUCACAUGGGACGUCACCGAAGAAGCAAAGGUCUAUGUGUCAGUCAACUGUCUGAGCACAGACUUCUCCUCGCAGAAGGGCGUGAAGGGAAUGCCUCUGAUCAUCCAGAUCGACACGUACAGCUACAACAGCUGCAGCAGCAGGCCCAUCCACAGGGCCUUCACCCAGAUCAAAGUCUUCUGUGACAAGGGCGCUGAGAGGAAGCUCCGCGACGAGGAGAAGAAACAGUUCAGAAAGAAGACACGAGGAAAAAGCAGCAGCUUGGGGACGACUCCUCCCUUCGAGAGGGCCGACAGCACUCUGUUUAAGGCCAUGGUGGAUCUGGACUUGCAGCCGGUCCUCUUCAUUCCCGAUGUCCACUUUGGAAACCUGCAGAGAUCCGGACAGGUGUUUGCAUUCAACACGGAGGAGGCCAACAGGGAUGGCAGUGUGAUGAUGAAGAAGGUUUCCUGUUCCGCCGAGGAAGAGGUUUGUCCACCUCUUCCAAAGAAGUCCAAAGCAGAACAGGAAAGGAAAGUCCUGCUAUAUGUGAGGAAGGAAGGCGACGAAGUGUUUGAUGCCUUAAUGCUUCGAUCUCCAACCCUCAAGGCACUGAUGGAGGCCAUCUCAGAGAAGUAUUCUGUGCCUGUUGAGAAAAUGUCCAAAGUUUACCAAAAGAGCAAAAAAGGAGUGCUGGUGAACAUGGACGACAACAUAAUUCAGCAUUACUCUAAUGAGGACACCUUCACGCUGGCAAUGGAGAGCUCUGCAGACUGUCUGCGCGUCACACUGUCAGACAUCUGAAGCUGCAUUCAGACCCAACGUUCUGAACAUAGAUCAUUUGUGGCUGACUGAGACAAGCCCGUCAUGCCACGUUAUCUUCACAGUGAUCAUGUGUCCGUGCAUCAUGUGCAGCAGGUGGAGACGCAUCAGGAGCUUUUUAUCCACAGCAGACUGAGCCAAGGUUUUUUUUUUUUCUUUUCCUUUCAGGCAUCACAAACAGUUUGUUGUAGGUUCUCAGGACGAAGGUGGUAGUUUUCCUUCAUGGAUUAAAAUCAACACCUGUUGUUUUCUCCGUCUUGUUGACGGAUGCUUUUAGACGAAUGGACCAGAUGUUUGAACAGUUCACUCCACAGAAAGUCCUCAUCCCACGUGCUCGUUGGUGCGCACUCGCCUAACGCAGUGACUGUUAGUUCAGCACCUGUGUCUGACACAGAGGUCCUCUUAUUCCACAAAUGCUACAAUUUUCUUUUUUACGGAUUCACUGAAUACUGUACCGUGUUCUUUUUACGUGUGGAACCUGUGGGAGGGUGAGAAUAACUCACUCACCCACUCAUUUUCUUUUGCUGUCUGUGCUCUACUUCCAUUCCCACACAGGAAAAAUAGGUAACAAGUUCUCGGUCUUUUUCUCCAACAU